CUUUUGUGGAAGUUGAUGAGUAGCUUCAUGUAAACCCUACUAAACCUCGUCCUAAUCCCACAUCAGUGUCAAUGCAGCAUAUAAGUAUGAGUAAACACCAGCUUUCUCCCUGACAAAAAUCCACAUUCUAUCAAUAUACAUAUACUCCUUCUAGAGUAAAGAAAUAUCACAUCUUUAAUGGCCGGCGAUGAUCGUAACAACAGCUUGCUUGAGUCAUAUGUACCACCACCCACUAAACCUACUAAACCUGCCGCACAAGAUGUCACCCUCUUCCAUGCCUCGCAUCCUCUCAGCCUCGAGCUCGCUCGGCUCGAAAAUCAAGUUCGAGAUAAAGACAGGGAACUAGGCGAUCAACGUUCAGAAAUCAAGGCGCUCAAGUAUUCUGACCGCCUUAAAGGGAAGGCUGUUGAAGAGGUUACUGAUGAGCUGCAUAAGGCUGAUGAAAAACUUAAACUGGCCGAAGCUCUUCUGGAAAGCAAGCACUUAGAGAUUAAGAAGAUAACUGAAGAGAAAAAAUCAGCUUUGGCUGCACAAUUUGCGGCUGAAGCUACUCUACGAAGGGUUCAUGCUGCACAGAAAGAUGAUCAAAUGCCACCUAUAGAGGCUAUCAUAGCUCCGCUGGAGGCAGAGCUAAAGUUAGCUAGGCAGGAGAUAGCCAACUUGAUGGAUGACAAUAGAGCUCUGGAUCGGCUUACAAAAUCUAAAGAAGCUGCUUUGCUGGAGGCUGAGAAAUCUGUGCAGGUGGCUCUGACAAAAGCAUCGUUUGUUGAUGAUUUGCAAAACAAAAAUCAGGAAUUAUUGAAGCAAAUUGAAAUAUGCCAGGAAGAGAAUAAGAUCUUGGAUAAAAUGCAUCAACAAAAGGUUAUUGAGGUCGAAAAGCUCACCCACACAGUUCAUGAGCUUGAGGAGGAUGUUUUGGCUGGAGGGGCUGCUGCAAAUGCUGUGCGUGAUUACCAACGAAAAGUUCAAGAGAUGAUUGAGGAGAAGAAAACUUUGGACCGAGAACUGGCUCGUGCCAGGGUGAGUGCAAACAGGGUUGCUGUCGUCGUUGCAAAUGACUGGAAAGAUGCCAAUGACAAAGUUAUGCCUGUAAAGCAAUGGCUCGAGGAAAGAAGAUUUUUACAGGGAGAGAUGCAGCAGCUUAAAGACAAAUUGGCGAUAGCAGAGCGUACUGCCAAAGCAGAAGCAGCUCUGAAAGAAAAGUACCAGUUACGUUUUAAAGUGUUGGAAGGAACGCUUAAAGCGGAUUUGGUUGGUUUUACCCACACAACCUCAGCAGCGAAGAGGAUGACCAAUGGUCCUUCACGGCGCCAAUCUAUGGGUGGGGCUGAAAAUCUGUCCCGAUCACCAUCAAAUGGAUUUUCAUUAAGGAGAACCAAUUGUCAAACUGGAUCAGUGCAGGUGAAUGCUGCAACUGCUCUGUUAAGGCAAUCAAAGGUUUCCCCUGUAUUUGAAGAUGGUAGCAGAUCUGUGGAGCAGAAGAAACUUGUUCAAGAUGCAAAUGAUCCAGACAAUGGACGUAUCACGGAUGACGAGUGUAUUCAAAAUGGUAUACUUAGUUGCAUAUUUGAGGAGAAUGAAAAUUGGAGAACAGAAAGCGGAAAAUUGCAGAAAAAUGAAGAUUGCGUUUCUGGAGUGUUGUACGAUAUGUUACAAAAAGAAGUCAUAACUAUGCGGAAAGCUUGUCUUAAAAAAGAUCAAGGCCUUAAGGAGAAGGACAACACAAUCGAGAUGCUGGCGAAAAAGGUUGAAACAUUGAACAAAGCUAUAGAAACAGAGUCAAAAAAGAUGCGUAGAGAUAUGCGUGCAAUGGAAAAAGAAUUUACUGAAAUAAGUGGUGUGAAUGGACAAGAUCAUAGAGCUCCCAGAAGAUCUGUUAACGGCUCUAGGUCAGUUCAUCUGGAGCGGAACUCAUAGAAACUAAAAGAAUGCAAUGGGAGCUCGUACAACGCUGGGCAUAUCUGUAUAAUCCUGGCAGUAGAGAGGACAAUUCAUAGCACCAAUUUAGCUUUCUUAUAAUCAUCCCUUGUCAAUUUUAAAAACUGUUUAUACCAACAUACUAUCUGUAAAGAACUGGUCUGUAUUCAGUCUGGUUAAGAAUUCAUCUAUUGUAAUAUUCAUUCAAAUUCUUUUAAUG